GCCCAGUUUGUUUAUGGAUACUUGGAACUAACUUCUGUUAUAGUCACGCGAAUUUUACCUAAAAGUGAUUUUAUUGUGCGGUGAAUUUUGAAAGCAUGGAUAAAUUCGAGAAACCACAAAUAAUUUGUCACAUCGAAAAGUCAGUAAAUUAUUCCUUAUUCGAUGCGAAAUGGAUUCCGUGCAGCGCGAAAUUUGUGGUUAUGGGUUCACGGCCUCGUGGUAGCGGUAUUAUACAAAUCUAUGAAGUUUCCAGCGGUGAAUUGAAUCUUCUUAAGGAUAUCGAAAGAUCGCAGCCCAUAAAAUGCGGGACCUUUAAAGCAUCCAGUCUGAAAGACAGAUAUCUAGCAACUGGUGAUUUUCAGGGUAAAUUGAACAUCUACAACCUAGAAGAUCCUUCGAUACCAAUUUAUACUGCUGUUGCCCAUGAUGAGAUUAUAAACAGUAUUGAUGGUGUAGCUGGACAAAGUAUUGGGUGUGGUGCACCGGAAUUAGUAACUGGCUCCAGAGAUGGAAGUGUCAAAGUCUGGGAUCCUAGACAGAAAGGACGGCCAGUUGCUGUAAUGGAACCUAAAGAGGGCGAAGAACGUAGGGAUUGCUGGACAGUUGCAUUUGGAAAUUCAUACAACUCUGAGGAAAGAGUUGUAGCUGCUGGUUAUGACAACGGAGAUGUAAAAAUGUUCGAUCUGAAAGCAAUGGCUGUUCUGUGGGAGAGUAAUCUUAAAAAUGGUGUUUGUAGCAUUGAAUUUGAUAGGAAGGAUAUUCCAAUGAAUAAAUUAGUAGCCACGACAUUGGAGUCAAAGUUUUAUUUGUUUGAUUUGAAGACGCACAAUUCUAAAAAAGGAUUUGCUUACUUGACUGAGAAAAGAAGCGGAAAAUAGUAGACGCAGAUGGCAUUGAGCAAGGAGUCGUCGGUGAUCUAACUCUUUUACAAAACAUUACUGUUUCCUCACAACCUGUUAGUUCUCUGGAUUGGAGUCCAGACAAACAGGGUCUGGCCGUUUGUACUGCGUUUGAUCAAUGUUUGAGAGUAAUCAUCACUACAAAACUUAAUAUUUUUUAAGAAUACACAUUAAUUCUUGAAUUAAUUCUAAAAGAAAUAAAAUAUAUUAUAUUACUUAAUAUUAUUCAGUAUAAAGCUUUCACUAUUUUAUUGUAACAGAAUUUACGCAUAGUUGUACAUAAAUACCAAUUGUCUUAAUUUGUAAGAAUAAAAUAAAUAUUUCAUUUUCUAGAAUUGUUAAUCGAAUAUUAAUUAAAACCUUAAUUAAAAAUAGAUUAUAUCCGAUGUAUGAAACUAUGUUAUACUCCAUAUUUUCACAUAUUAUUGUUAUUUGGUAUAAUAACAGUUUAAAUUAAAAAUAAAUUUUCAUAUGAAAUUACAAAUAAGGUAGAAAACAGGAUAUCGCAAAAUAUAGAAUUUUAUAAAGCAACACUUCAUUAAUUUAUAUAUAAACGUUUUAUUUAAACAUAAUAUAUUAAUUAAAAAACUGUAGAAUACAAAUUUAUUAUUAAGUUUCGUUAAUAUUUGAAAUGAAGAAAGUCAUGCAUUGAAUCAUUUUCGCUAGAAUAAUCUAUUCAUCUUCAAAUGGCACUUCGAUCUGUUGAGAAAAAUUAUUAAAUUUUUAUAAAUCAAAUGGCGUGUAAGAUAAGAGUCUGAUUCGUGAGAUAUAACUGCGAAAGUUCGCAAAUUAAUUCUCUUAAUUAGUUUUUUUUUUUUACAAAAAUUGUUCAAUUUAUAGAUAUAA